AUCUGAGACAGCUCAGACCUUAUGCAGAAAUUAGGUCAACUCUGACCUCAGAUUAACUCAUUCACUAAUACAAAAUGAUUUCAUCUCGUACUCAUCCUUACCAUUGAAUCAAACCAUUUGAUUCUCUAGCCGUGAAUCCUGUGAUAUAGUAUUCGAAACUCCAUUCUCCUUGUACCGUUUCUUCACAAAAAUCAAACAGUUUUGACAGAUUUUGAAAAUAAGGUCAGAAUUAAACCGUUUAAUUUGGUCUGACCAUGGGUAAAGGAGGGGGCUGUGUCCUAAGCAAGAAGAGAAUGCCACUGUCCGUAUCCGACGAUCCUCCCAACGAGGACACGGAUAUCCCUGUUCCGCUUCUGGACAACGCUAUUCCAGAAGCUGGUGACCUCAGUUCGCCUUCGAAAUUGAGAAUCUUCAUCGUUUUCUACUCCAUGUACGGACACGUGGAGAUUUUGGCGAGGAGAAUUAAGGCGGGAGUGGAUAGCAUUGACGGGGUUGAAGGGGUUCUUUUCAGGAUCCCAGAAACGAUGCCGCCGGAGGUUUUGGAGCAGAUGAAGGUGCCGCAGAAGGCCGACGACGUGCCGGUGAUGUCCGAGGCCGCGGAGCUGGUGGAGGCUGACGGACUGCUGUUUGGUUUUCCGACCAGAUACGGCUCUAUGGCGGCGCAGAUGAAGGCGUUUUUCGAUUCCACGGGGCAGCUGUGGAGGGAACAGAAGCUCGCCGGCGUUCCCGCCGGAUUCUUCGUGAGCACCGGAACACAGGGUGGCGGCCAAGAGACUACAGCCUGGACAGCAAUCACCCAGUUAGCUCACCAUGGGAUGCUCUAUGUUCCCAUUGGGUACACAUUUGGAGCUGGGAUGUUCAAGAUGGACUCCAUUAGAGGGGGGUCUCCAUAUGGUGCAGGUGUUUUUUCAGGAGAUGGGACUAGGGAACCAAGUGAGACAGAGCUAGCACUUGCAGAGCAUCAAGGCAAGUACAUGGCUGCAAUAGUCAAGAGGUUUGGCCGGCCUCGAACCCUUGAACCGUAAUUCCCAUGCACAGUCUAAAUUAGCAUUGCUAAACUGGUUUGAACACAUUUUUACUUGUCUUUGUAAUGGUCUUCAGAUAUCAUGUUUUAGUAGGUUUGAGAUGUCUGGGGUCCCUAUCUUUUUUCAUUUUUUUUUCCAUUCAUACUGGUUUCUGCCACCCCAUUGUUUGUCCCAAAUGUUGUAUAUGAUUUUGAUAUUCUUCUAUUUGAUUGAAUCAACCUUAAUAAAAUUGUGGGUUAUUCUUUUGGUACU